AUGUCUCGCUACGCUAAAGCCCACAAGACACCGCAGGGACCCGGGGAUGCUCGUCCGACGGCCGUCCAGAUAGUCAAGGAUGAAGAAGCUGAAGGGAAACUUGUCGGUCAGAAUAUUGUUAUCACUGGAGCGUCCUCUGGCAUAGGUAUCGAGACGGCCCGGGCUCUUGCCCUCACCGGUGCUAACCUAUUCCUCACGGCGCGAGACAUCCCCAAGGCCAAAGCUGCGUUGGCUGAUUUUUUCGAUCCUACCUGCAUGGAGAUCAUUAAGAUGGAUCAAAACUCUCUGGAUUCUGUCCGUGCGGCUGGCAAGGUCAUUCUGGAUAAGACCUCUACACGAAUCCACCUUCUUAUCAAUAACGCCGGUAUUAUGGGGAUCCCCGAGCUUCGCCGUAGUGCAGACGGCCACGAACUUCACUUUGGGACCAACUAUCUUUCGCACUUCCUGUUUUUCAAGGUCCUCGAGCCGGGUCUUCUAGCGAACGCUUCCUCGGAACUUCCAUCUCGCGUCGUCAGCCUCGCAUCCACCGCCCACCUUUUCUACGGCAUAAGCGACACUAGUGACUACAAUUUCGAGAAGACCACGUACGAUGCUAAUACAGCAUAUGGCCAAUCAAAGACGGCUGAUAUAUACUUGGCCAACGAAAUCGAGCGCCGCUUCGGCUCACGUCAUUUACACGGGACCAGUCUUCAUCCUGGUAUCAUAGUCACCGGCCUCACUCGUCACAUGCCUCCGGAUGCCUUCAAGGGUAUGGAUUACAUCUACCCUACAAUGAAGAGCGUCGAACAAGGUGCUGCUACCACGCUUCUCGCCGCUGUCGGGAAGAACCUGCAGCAUCAGCGUGGUAAGUAUCUCGUUGACUGCGACGUCGCAGAGCCGCACCUCGAAGGAGAGGACAGGCUGACCUCUAGGGGGUAUGCUCCGUGGGCAUUCGAUCUUGAGAAAGCUUCGAGACUAUGGAGGGACUCUCUCAGGCUAGUCGGACUACCGGAGGAGGACUAA